AACAUUCUGAGGCGAGAUUGCUGGAUUUUUAACAAAAAAGAACCCGAUUUGCCAACCAACAUGUGCUAGAUAAGUUCCAUCUUCCAGAGCGAUCUUCCGAGCUGCCGGCAGCAGCCAUGGAGUGAUAGUUACGGUUCACGGCACAUCCCCUUUUCCGCGGUGCCCUCGCAUAAACCCAUUUCGCAGCGGGGAACCCCUUUCCGGGAUGUAUUUUCCGCGACGAUAGUUUAUCGGACAACGACGACGACGCGGCCACGGCGGCAUCGGAUCAUCGGUUUGCGUGGAACAAACCGUGUUUUUGGUCGGUGUGCAGCGUUGUCAGCAAAUAGAACAGAACGACACCAGUUACCCCGCGUUAUCAGCGGCCACGGACGUGUUGGCUGCUUUUCUAGUGCUCCGCUUUUGAGUUCAACGAUACCGCAGAACGGUCGCUACAAUGACGAUGAAAAUGGAACACGUUUCGGUAACAUUACCGGUGAGCAACGAACCACUGAUUGUUAGCAGUGUGGCGAGUAGGAAAAGCCUUAAACGACACUGGAAUCAACUGUCGCGGUUUCAAAAGAAUCUGGCCUGUAUCUUACUGGCCGGAUGCUUCAUAUUCUACAUCAUAUUCUUUAUGCGGCCACUAGAUGAUCCUUCCCAGAGCUCGGACGUGGCUGCGAUUGAUCCUAUGGAGCACAUACAGAUAGCUCCGUUUAAAGAAAGGCACGAACGAGUCAUAGCUCAAUCGGUUGUGAAGGAAGUCAAAUUAACGGACAGCGAAGGAAAUGCGCCAGCGGAGGAAUCACAGUUGGUGAACGCGGUUGCACAGCAACCCGACACAAGCCAGGCACCGCUCGUGCUCGUUCACGAAGAACCAAAGGAAAUCGUUGAUAACGAGGAAAACGUGCUGGAAGAGAACCACCGGGUGGCACUACCCGGUGCGCAGGACUUUAAGGGCCCAACGAAUGAUCGGCAGCGGGCGGUGGUAGAAGCAUUCAAACACUCGUGGAAGGGCUACAAAGAGUACGCCUGGGGUCAUGACAAUCUGAAACCGAUCUCCAUGGGCUUCUCGGAUUGGUUCGGUCUGGGCCUAACCAUCGUCGAUUCGCUCGAUACACUGUACAUCAUGGAUUUGCAAGACGAGUUCGAUGAGGCACGGACUUGGGUGGAAAAGUAUCUUAAAUUCGACGGCAACCGGGAGGUCAAUCUGUUCGAGGUAACGAUCCGCGUCGUUGGUGGCCUGCUCAGUGCCUAUCAUCUUAGCGGCGAUCGGAUGUUUCUCGAUAAAGCGAUCGAUCUAGGCAACCGGUUGUUGCCGUGCUUCGAUUCGCCCUCCGGUAUACCCUUCUCGGACGUUAACAUCGGAUCGCUGACGGCUCACGCACCGAAGUGGUCACCGGACAGUUCGACCAGCGAGGUCGCAACGUUACAGCUGGAGUUUCGGGAUCUUUCGCGUAGCUCCGAAAAUCCGGUUUUCGAGAAGGUGGCUGCUAGAGUGAAUCUGAAGAUACACGAACUGGACAAGAACGAAGGUCUGGUGCCGAUUUUCAUCAACGCCAACACCGGGCAGUUCCGAAACUUUGCAACGGUUUCGCUUGGUGCUCGGGCAGAUUCGUACUACGAGUAUUUGCUGAAACAAUGGCUUCAAACAGGAAAAAAGAAGGAUGAUUUUCUCGUUGAAGACUAUCAACUGUCGAUGCGUGGCGUUUUAAAUCAGCUCGUACGCACUACACCAAACGAGAAACACCUGUACAUCGGUGAGCUGAUCAAUGGGAAGGAUUUCAAGCCAAAAAUGGAUCAUCUUACCUGCUACCUACCCGGUACGUUACUGCUGGGCUACAAGAAUGGUAUGCCCAAGACGCAUCUACGGUUAGCGACGGAUCUGCUGGAAACGUGCUAUCAAACGUACAUGAAACAACCGACCCAGCUGGCCCCGGAAAUAACGUACUUCAAUGUGAACGGAGAAUCGGAAACGGAUAUCUAUGUGAAAACGAACGAUGCCCACAAUCUGCUGCGGCCGGAGUUUAUCGAAAGUCUUUACUACUUCUACGCCAUCACUGGCAAUCGCACCUACCAGGACAUGGGGUGGACGAUCUUCGAAGCGUUCAAUCGUUACACCAAGGUAAAGAACGGCUACACGUCGAUCGGGAACGUAAAGAGCCCGCUGAACACGCGGCCCCGCGAUAUGAUGGAGAGCUUUUGGCUGGGUGAAACGCUCAAGUACUUCUAUCUGCUGUUCAGCGACGAUCGAAACGAGAUUGAUCUCGACAAGUACGUGUUUAACACGGAAGCGCACCCCCUACCGAUCCGGGAAGAUUGAACAGUUUAAGGCUGAUGAAGCACAGGAUGAGCCCUCUGCGCACAAUCGAUCUGAACGCGUGAAUGGCUAGAGACAACGUUAGGAUUUGAGACUUUAUUUAAAUGCACUCCGUACAAAAUGGUGGAAUGCGACAUUCUUAAAGACACGUACGCAGAUAUUAUAUAGUUAGGAAAAUGAUGUUUUAAUUCCCUUCGCUCUGACCGUAGCUACUGUCGGAAGUAAAAUUUUAAACGCAGAGGUAAGUGCAAUAGCAUUUAGACACUUUCUUCUAUUUCGGGUUACUGUAGGUGCUGGAAACUUUUUUUCUUUCCUUUUUGUACUCCUUUCCUUAAUUGAUAAUCCUCAUGCCACUUGCCGCUGCACCUUGUGCAUAGAGAUGGCACUAAACAUGCGCUGAUGCACAUUUACUUGUCCCCCUCAACGACGACUGUUACCAAUAGAAGAAUUGACGAUAAGAGAUAACUUUGUUUUAAUGGACUAAUUGAACACAUUCCUCACCGACAAGGCUUUCGUUUUGUUAGUUGUUCCUCUUCCCAUAAUGUGUUCACGACAAUUUCUUUCUUAACUUCCCAAAAACUCCGAAUGCAGGGUUCCCACGACAGCGCAGGCUAAACAGUGCGAACGCGUACGCAUUAAAGGUCGUAUAGAUUGGAUGACGAAAUGCGAAACUCUUAGCAUUAGAUAUUUGAAAUCGAUUUUCCAAAUUUUCCAUUUUCCUUCGACCUGAUAUUGUAUCAGUUUCUAGUCCUACGAUGGUAGCAGAAAAAGGGAGGUUUGCAUGAGAGACAGAGAGAUUGGGAGGAAUGAGGAUCGAGUAAAUGUAUUGCGUGUGUUCAACGAGCGCUAGAGACCGCACCCGACGGCCACGUGUGAAUGCGUUAGAUGAGUGCGGAUAAUUUUACGUGAUAGCGAAGUUAAGAUUAGUUUGGAACAUAAAUGGCGAGCGCGCUGUGUCUUUCCACUUCCAUCACCAAAGCUUGGGGUGAUAUGCAAUCAUCGUGGUUCAGUUUCUAAGACAAAACGGCGCAACGUUAUGAUUAAUAAGUACAUAAUUUAUGUAACUAGUUAAGUGGUAUGUAAGAAUUUUAGGAAAAAUAAAUCAAUGAAUAAAUCAAUCAAUUUAAUUAAA